AUGACCUGCAAUUUAGCCUCAGUUAAUCCUCCAUCUGGUAUGGAGAAACCAAAUAUUGACGAAACAACAGAAACAUCGGUUACUCUCUCUUGGGAUCCUCCACGAAAGGGACCAGUUACCGGUUACAUAGUAGAAAAAAGGCCAAAAAAUGAAAGAAAUUGGUCAAAAGCAAAUACCGGACCCGUCACUGGAACUUCUUUCGUAGUCAAGAACCUUCCAACUGGAAAGGAAUUCCAAUUCCGUAUUAUUCCAGUCAACUUGGCCGGCGAAGGUGAACCAAGUGAACCCACUGAAAAUGUGAUAGUCCAGAAUCCACCAACUGCACCUAAGAUCAGCAAAAAUAUCAUGAGCAAUAUAAAUGCCGUGGUGGAUAAACCUUUCAAAAUGCAUAUUCCAUACUCUGGAACUCCCCCUGAUAAUAUUGAAGUCGUGAAGGAUGGAAAGCCAAUUCCACUUCCCAGUGGAAAUUUCAUGGUUGAGAUCACUCCAAAUGAAGUGAUUAUCGUAAAUACCAAAGCUGAGAAAGGGGAUACUGGCCGAUAUAAUAUAUCCUUAUCUAAUAGUCAGGGUAAAGAUGAGGUGGCCAUCCAAGUAAAUGUUAGAGGUCCACCAGCAGCUCCUAUUGGUCCCCUGGAGAUUACCGAUGUUCGAGCCGAGAGCUGUACGCUCUCCUGGAAACCUCCCACCGACAAUGGUGGUUCACCUAUUACCAACUAUGUCGUGGAGAAACAGGAAGGCAGCAGUUCUGAAUGGACCACUGUUAGUGCUUUCGUUCGUAUGCCCACAUGCGACGUCAGCGACCUUUCUCAGGGAAGGCAGUACCGAUUCCGAGUUAGGGCUGCAAAUGAAUUCGGACCCGGUGAGCCUCUCGAAGCAGAAAAGGCCAUCACAGCUGAAAAUCCCAUCGUUCCUCCGGGUCCACCCAGUGACCUCGAUAUUGCAGAUGUGGAUGCAGAUAGUGUGACUCUCUCUUGGGCCAAACCUCGUAAAACUGGUAAUGGAAAGAUUAGCGGCUAUAUUGUGGAGUACAAACCGGUAUCCGGUGGAGAUUGGACCAAGGCAACUACUACAAGUGACAAAGAUACUAACGCAACUGUGGAAGGACUAAAGAAGGGAGAGAAAUACUUCUUCAGAGUUGUAGCAAAGAACGAGGCUGGUCGUGGAGAGCCAGCAGAGACUUCAAGGCCGGUGCUCUGCAAACCGAAAUAUAAUAUCCCUGAUGCACCUGGAGUUCCUGCUGUGAAAGAUGUAGACAGCGACCAUGUAGAUUUGGAAUGGGCUCCACCUCUCAAGGAUGGAGGGGCCCGCAUUACUGGCUAUGUCGUUGAAAAGAAACAAAUUGGAGCAAGUGAAUGGGAGCCUGCCACU